ACAUAUUCACAAUAGAACGUGCUGACAUGAUUUUAAUUAAAACGUUCCGAACACCCUGUAGAACUUUCCAAGGCUUCCUCGCAAAGCUUCCAUACGUUCGACAGUUUCACCCUCGCGCUCCACAUCCGAUAGGACGUGCCCGACCCAUAAACACGACAUAAUGACAAGUGCAAACAAAACUGUGCACGGAGAAAAUAAUACAUAUGCGUCAUACGGAAUAGGUCUCUCCUUCUACGACUACGAUGACAAAAGUUCCUUCGAAGAAAGCUUCUUAAUUAAAACCAUACUCAGCGUUUUCCUCACCACUUUCAUGGUCCUCAGUUUGAUUGGAAACAUCUGCACUUGCACCGUCAUCACCAGAGAAAAGAGCAUGAGAACACCGACAAACUGUUACCUCCUCAAUCUUGCUAUAACAGACCUCAUGGUAACCAUUUUCGUUCCUGUUGAAAUAUACAUCAUAUGGGUACCAGAUUUCUAUCCCUUGGGCGAACAAGGCUGCCGCAUUCACUUCUUAUUGUGGGAUCUUCUUAGCAGUUGCAGCGUGUUAACAAUACUAGCUUUCACUAUAGAACGGUACCUUGUUAUAGCGAAACCCUUUCUUCGACAAAAACUCCUUUUAACUUCGCGGGUUUUCAAGAUAAUUAUCGUUAACUGGGUGGUGUCUUCGAUAUUCUCUGUUCCCAGUGUGUAUUAUGUUUAUUUCGUGGAGAGGAAGGAGAACGUUUAUUGCUUUUUAACUGUCCCCGACAAGGAGAAAACAUAUUUGGUAGCUGUGGAGCUGUUUAUUUUCUACGGUAUACCGAUGACGGUAAUAUUUGGCAUGUACGUGAUGAUAGCCAUAAAGUUGAAGUCCAACAAAGCUGCAUCUCGACCCAGCGUUGUCUAUGGGAAGCAAAACAGAAACAAAGCAGUUAAAAUGUUGGCUGCGGUUGCUGCAUUUUUCUUUAUAUGCUGGUCUCCAUACACCGUGCUACGGAUAAUGAUACUUAUUCCAAGCCUUCGAUACCAGGACCAUUACAACUUAUGGCGAGUUUUUAUAUAUCUCAGCUCGAUUAACAGCUACAUGUCGGCUGCAGUUAACCCGAUACUUUAUGGGCUUAUGUCGCGGAGAUUUCGACGCGCUUUUAAGGAUUUACUCCAAGGAAAGAAGAUUCCGAACCGAAACACUUCGAACGGCACAUCACUACAAAUAACAAGUUACCGCACCUGUGACGUAAUAACUACAUAAUGUUCCUUACAUAAAAAUUCUUCGAUGUUGUUGUUUUUAAGAAUUGCUCGUCAAAAUGUGCACGAAAAAUGAAAUUACUUGUAUUUUAGUAAAUAAAUCACUGAA